AUGGCUUCGGCUUCACCUGCGAGUAUGAGAUUCGAGGACAAUGAGGCUGAAUGGCCAUAUUUUUCUCGUGCAACUAAGAGACACAAGCGCACAUCAGGCGCGGGUACCUCAGGGCCCUCGCCUCGCGAGAUUGGAUUUAUGAGAGAAUCUCAAAAUGACGGAUCUGCGACCUUCCUUGGAAGCUCAAGUGGAAUCCAUUUUAUCCGCCAUGUCUACAAUGCCUUCGCACGUCGUUCAGCGGACUUGGACCAAACGCGAGCCCGUGACAAAACCUCGGUGCCAGGGGAAGACGACCGGCUACAGCAAAAUCCAGGAAGCAUUCAGAGCUCGGAUGAGCUGUGGGCGAUAGAAGAAUUAAAUUUUGUGCCCAAUGCCUCAUUUCCUUUCGACGAUCUUGUCAUGUGGACACGCAGCUAUUUCGAAAAUUGGCAUCCAAUCUUCCCAUGCCUCCACGCCCCGACUGUCUUGAAAACUAUAGAGACAGUCAGUCAAAAAGGAGCGGAGUCGGUCAACCGAUUGGAAUUGAUGAUUCUCCGCUCCAUCGUAUCCAUUUCUCUGGGUGACAAUCGACAGAGAACGUCGUCUGAAUCGAAGCUUAGCCCCGUUCCUUCGGUCUUGGUCUUUCGAUCCAUUCAACAUGUGAUGCAAGAUGUACAAAGCCUCCUUGAAGAGCCGACUAGCUUGCCACUGCUACAAGCUGCAUUUACCGCUCAACUUGCACUUGCUUCUCUUUUGCGCCUGAAUGCCGCCUCGCGGGUGGGGGGUGUCAUCACCCGCACUGCAUUCCACCUCGGGUUGCAUCGUUGCCCAAGACGCUUUUCUUGCUUUACCAGCGAAGAAGCCGAUAUUCGUUGUCGAUUGUUCUGGUCCAUCUAUUCCCUUGAAAGAUAUCUUUCUCAGGCCCUUGGCAUUCCGCUCUCUAUUCGAGAUGACGACAUCGACGUGUGCUAUCCCGAUGCCGAAAGACAUUCUUCAACAACUGUCAAGCUCCCAGAUGGCCACAGACUGCGGUUGUUGUGCCAUCUUGCGAGAUUCGCACGGAUUCGAGGUUUGAUUGUUGAACUUCGUAAUAAAUCCAUUCUCCAUAGUCAUGCUAGCCAGGUCGAAGCGGCUCAUGUUACUGGAGAGCUAGCACAAUGGUGGAAUGAAGUUUAUGAUGAUGUCAAUCCCAUCAAUGAGCCCGCAGAAUUUGGUCUAGAGCAAGAGCCGAUCUUGCAGCCAUAUCAUCGGCUACUCCUGAUGAUCCUAAGACACGAAGCUGUCAUUUCGCUGAACCGACCUCUUUUAGCCUCUGAAAAGCCCAGUGCAGAUUACAAGAACGCUUUGCAGACUUGCAUUGGAUCCUCUCGGUCUAUACUUGCGGCAUUGAGAAAGCACAUGUCUUUUGAACCCAAAUCUCCGCUCUCGUGGCCAUGCUUUACAUGGUCGACUUGGAUGGCCUGUCUUAUUCUGAUGUAUGCUGCGUGGGAAGAGGAAUUAUCUACGCCGACUGCUCUCAAAUAUGCGAGAAUGGGGAUUGCCAUCUUGGAAAACCUAUCAUUGCGCGGUAGCAGCUGGCCGGAGACCUGCAUCGAGGCGAUCAAGGGUAUGGAAUCUGCUUUUGAGACACAAACAAAUGGUGGUCAAUCCGCCAAGGCUGCUGCCACCUUGAACGGCGCCGAGAGACCAACUCAACCCUGUGCCCAAGCCACGUCAUCGAUGGAUGAACAGAUAGCAACGCCGCCGGUUCGGGAUGGAAAUAAUGAGGUUGGCGAUACAGAUCUCACGCCAGUUCGACCUCAAGCUUUAGCACCGAAUGGAUACCAAGGCCGUUCAGUCUCUACCGGAAUUCAUCCGUUUCAACCAUCAAUUCGCUCACCUGUCCAGAGACUUGACACUGCAGAAAACUACGACUCUACUGUUUUCUCACAGUCUGACAAUAUCGGUAACCUUGCCGGAGGGUUAGACCCUGCUGAGGACGAUUUCAACGGACAAUAUUCAGCUGGUCUCAUUUUCGGCAACAUGGCUGACGGAAACCCUGCUUUCAAUCCGAGUUUUGCUGGUCAAGACUCUUUGCCAUUUUCAUCAUCUAUGCUUCUGAACGAUUUAUGGAGUGUGGCCGAUGGCCCAUGGAUGAUUCACAAUAACUUUUUGUGA